GCACCAACCGCAAAAACGAUAAACAGGUGAAAUUUGCAAUCGUUUCGCAGUAGUGUUCCAAAAGUGGUCCAAUAAAAUCGUUGAAAAAUGGAGCCCCAGGCUUCAAAUGAGAUCAAAAUCAUCGUCAAAUGGAGCGGCAAGGAGUACCCGAUAGAGGAUCUCACCGAACACGACACGGUGGCGGUGCUGAAGCAUGAAAUCUACAAAAAGACACAGGUCAAGCCGGAACGACAGAAGCUGCUCAAUUUGAAAUACAAAGGUAAAUUUGCCGCCGACGAGGUACGUCUUGGUUUGCUGGAGUUGAAAGCAAAUUUCAAACUGAUGAUGGUUGGCUCGCUGGAAGCGGACAUCGAGGAAGCGUCUUCCAAGCCCGAUGACAUCGGUAACGUCGUAAACGACCUAGACAACGAUGACGACGAUAAAGUCCCGUUGGAGAACAAGGAAAUAUAUCUGUCCAAAAUUAACAAACGGGUCCGUGAUUACAAAAUCAACGAACUGAAUCCCCCGCGAGAGGGAAAACGCCUGCUGGUCCUGGAUAUCGACUACACCCUGUUCGAUCACAGAUCCGCUGCUGAAAACGGGGCUGAGCUGAUGCGGCCGUACUUGCAUGAAUUUCUAACGUCCGCAUAUCAGGACUAUGACAUUGCUAUAUGGUCUGCCACUUCGAUGAAGUGGAUCGUCGAAAAGAUGAAGUUGCUGGGUGUUACUUCUCAUUCUGAUUACAAACUAGUGUUUAUGCUGGACUCGGAGGCAAUGAUCACGGUUCACUGCCCGGUUCGAGGCGUUAUAGAAGUUAAACCGCUGGGAGUUAUUUGGGGCAAAUACAGUCAUUAUUCAUCGAAGAAUACAAUCAUGUUUGAUGAUCUACGGCGGAACUUUCUGAUGAAUCCCAAGUCCGGACUGAGGAUCAAACCGUUUGCCGAAGCGCAUUUGAACCGCCACAAGGACAAGGAGCUGCUGAAGCUUUCCAAGUAUCUCAAGGAAAUUGCGGACAAUUGCAGCGAUUUUAACGAGUUAAAUCAUAAGAAGUGGGAAAGCUUCAAGCCGAAAAAACGCCGUGAAACGAGUGAUGAUUAACUAUGUGUGUAUGUGGAAAGCAGAGGAUCGGAGGAUGGCCUUAUUCCAUAUGAAUGCUUUAAUUGAAUAAUUUUUGGUUACUUAUUGAUGCAAAUAAAAAAAUACAGCUCCGGCAUUUUAAAUUCCGUU